CUUAGUUUUUCUGUUUAGUUUGUUGCAGUAAUACAAAGGAGUAACAUCGAGUAAUAAAGUUAUUUUUUAAAUACUUUAAAAUCUAAGUGAAUUGUUGAAUAUGUCGUCUCCGAAAGAUUAUACAGCACCAUAUGGAAAAUCUGAACCAAAAUAUGCUUCUCAAUCCGAAGACUAUAUUUCUCUGGAAAUGGGUGGACCUGGUCAGACGCCAUCGUCUAGUAAUAUGCAACAACAUCCAUAUCGUCGACCAGGACGUUUCUUUUCAACGCCAGCAAAAUCUAUGAACCGGAAUUUCGAAGCGGAAAAAAAUAUACCAUUCUAUCGAAACAAUCAAAAUAGACCGCAUAGGAAUAAAUUCAAUAAUUUCCGUAAGAAUAACCGCAACAGCGAAGGAUAUCAGAAAUUUGAACAAAUAAACAAUCGAAUAGAUGUAUCGUAUUACCAUCCAACCAUGGUGGAAGAUCCAUGGGUUGAGCUCAUGGAAAGACACACAGCGCUAAAGAAAUCGGCAAAACUGUAUAAUAAUAUAGAUGACAAGAAUGAUGGAUAAAUAUAAACAUUGUAAACAAUGUUUUAUGUAAUUAAUAAACUUUUUCUUAUAUUAAGGAAAAAUAUAACCUAAUUCUGUAAA